UUCUCACUUCUCUUCAACGUCCCUUACCUGCAAAGCCACACACACUCUCUCUCUCUCUCACAAACACAUAAAAAGAAAGAGAAUAGAACCAACACAAAGCAAAGCAUAUAACAAAAUAGCUGAAACAGAGCAUAAAGAAAGGAACAAAACACUUGGAAAAAAUAAAAAAUAAAAACAGAGCACUUCCUCUGUUCUGAUUCAUCUUCUCCUUCUUUUCAAAGGUGCCCACUUUGAAAUUUUCUUCCUUUCCUUCACCAUUCGCUGCUCCCGUUCCUUCUCCUUUAGAAUUGUCAACAUGGUUUUAUCAUUCUGAGUGUCAACUUGGCAAGUUGUGUUUUUGAAAGGACAAUGAAUUUGAAGAGCAGAGGAGAGGUUCUUCUUCCUCAUAGAAGCUUUUUGUCUCAGAGAUGGAUGAUUUUUCUUUGUAUUGGAAGCUUCUGUGCUGGGAUGCUAUUCACCAACAGGAUGUGGACUAUUCCCGAACCUAAAGGACUUGCAAGGACAACAGCUAUGGAAGCUGAAAAAUUGAAUGUUGUUUCGGAGGGUUGCAACUCAAGAAUUUUGCAAGAAAAGGAAGUGAAGCGCGAAACGAGAAGCAUCUAUAAGGAAGUUUUCAAAACACAAAAUGCCAUGCAAACAUUGGACAAAACUAUUUCAAACUUGGAGAUGGAGUUAGCUGCUGCAAAGGCAGCUCAGGAGUCGAUUCGCAAUGGCGCUCCUCUAUCAGAAGAUAUGAAGGCAGUUGAAUCAACUCCUAGGAGAAGGUACCUCAUGGUCAUAGGAAUCAACACUGCUUUUAGCAGCAGGAAAAGAAGAGACUCCGUCCGCCAAACCUGGAUGCCUCAAGGUGAGAAAAGAAAGAAGCUAGAGGAAGAGAAAGGCAUUAUCAUCAGAUUUGUAAUUGGUCAUAGUGCUACAUCAGGUGGUAUAUUAGACAGAGCUAUAGAAGCAGAAGAUAGGAAGCAUGGAGAUUUCUUGAGGCUGGAUCAUGUUGAAGGGUACCUUGAAUUAUCAGCAAAGACAAAGACCUACUUUGCAACUGCUGUUAACUUAUGGGAUGCUGAUUUCUACAUUAAAGUUGAUGAUGAUGUUCAUGUAAAUAUAGCAACACUUGGAGAGACUCUAGUUAGACACCGGUCGAAACCACGAGUAUACAUCGGAUGCAUGAAAUCCGGGCCUGUUCUUUCCCAAAAAGGUGUAAGGUACCAUGAACCAGAAUACUGGAAAUUCGGCGAGUCUGGAAACAAGUACUUCCGCCAUGCCACAGGACAGUUGUAUGCCAUUUCAAAAGAUCUUGCUACAUAUAUUUCAAUGAACCAGCAUGUUCUUCACAAGUAUGCCAAUGAAGAUGUCUCACUAGGCUCAUGGUUUAUUGGACUUGAUGUGGAUCAUAUUGAUGAUAGGAGACUCUGCUGUGGCACUCCACCAGAUUGUGAAUGGAAAGCUCAAGCAGGGAAUGUGUGUGUAGCUUCAUUUGAUUGGACAUGCAGUGGAAUUUGCAGGUCUGCUGAGAGGAUCAAAGAGGUUCAUAGAAGAUGUGGAGAAGGUGAAAAAGCUUUGUGGAAUGCCUCUUUCUAAUGGAUACAAGCUUAAUUCAACUCCUUCUUCCUAACACAGGAAAACAAGAUUAUAUAUAUAUAUAUAACUAAGGCAAUGCAGCAAGGCUUUUAACAUUUUUUCCCUUUUUUUUUUCUUAAAUGUAUUUUUGAUGAGUAUAGAGAAAAUUUUCAUUUUACAUGAGAGGAGGAGAAAGAGAAGAAAAAGAGAUAAGAGAGAGGACUUACUCCCAUGAAAAUAGAGGAAGCAUAGGGUAAUAAUAAUAAGUCCACCCAACCCAUUCUUUUAUGCUUGAAGGGCCACUCUCUGUGUUAAUAGUCUUUGCUUAAAUGGCUAUCAAUCAAGCAUCUCCUAGUAUAUAAUUCACUCUGCUACUGAUUCAUUUUUAUCUUUUAACAAAUAAUUGUGCAUCUGAAAAAUUUAGGUAAUAUUAAUAUUUUUUAAUCAGUUACACCCUUAA